UUCCAGUCUCUUUUUGAUGUUUUUCUGUCUGAGAAUGGCAAUUUGCAAAACCGAAACUAUGUCCAGGAAGAUUGAAGUGCUUCCCCGCUGGCUUUUGGAUGUUGCUGUUCUUAAUGUCUGAUGUGUGUCCAUUUAUUCUUUUGUAUAGAGUCUGGUUUGUUCACUGUGCAUGGCAGAGGGGCAUUGUUGGCACGUGAUGAAGUAUAUUACAUUAGUAGAUGUGCACGUGAAUGAGCCUGUAAUGGUAUACCUGAUGCAGUAGGUCCUGGGGUGAUGUCACAAAGGUUAGAUUCUGGUGUUCAGUUCUGAAUUGGGAAUGACAAAUCAGACAGAGAAGAGAAGAUAGUAAAGAGGAGGGAAAUUCAGGCUCUGCUGAAUCGCUUGGGAUACAGGGUGCCUGGUUAGUCCCAGAUAGAUCCUUUGUGCAUUUGAGUCAGCUCUGGUCCCUGGCUCACCUCACUGAUCCAGAGACAUCGUCUAGUUGGUCUGGUCAGGGUUGCUCUCCUUUACUGGUUCUUCUGAGGCUAGCCAAAGCUAGAUGGGCCUGGUGCUGGGUCGUACAGUUUAUUUCAGGACCAGGUGGAGAGCUGAGAGAGAACUGAGGAAAAUCAGCGAAGCAGAAAGAAGCAAGCGAGAGAGAGGAACACUGAGCAGGGUUUCUCAGUUAUUGUGUUGGGUCCCUGGGAUGGUUAAGUGGAGAAUCAAGGUCUGGUGUCAUAGCAAGAAUCCCUCUCUUGCACUCACAGUGCAGCUGUACAGCUCUAUGGAUUUUGGAAGACGCUGGCAGCUAAUGCAUGAGCGAAUCACGCCGAACAGGUUUUACUGGUCUGUCACCGGUUUGGACAAGGAGUCGGACCUUGUGCACAUGGAGGCCCGGACAGCUGACGGACAUGCCCACUAUAUCACCUGUCGGAUCCAGGAGUGCUCGGAGACUACCAGAAGUGGACCGUUUUUGCGCUCCAUCGACACCAACUCCCUUGUUGUCCAGGAUGAAUAUGUCUUCAUUCAGGUGACGGCGGGCGGCAGAGCGAAUUACUAUGUGUCGUACAAAAGGGAACCCUUUGCACAGAUUAAAUUGCCCAAAUACUCACUACCAAAGGACAUGCAUAUUAUUAGCACGGAUGAGAAUCAGGUGUUUGCAGCUGUGCAGGAAUGGAACCAGAACGAAACGUACAACCUUUAUAUAUCCGACACCCGAGGGGUCUACUUCACGCUGGCCUUGGAGAAUGUCAAGAGCAGCCGGGGACUGGAGGGCAACAUCAUCAUUGACCUUUAUGAGGUAGCAGGGAUCAAAGGCAUAUUCCUGGCGAACAAGAAGAUCGAGGACCAGAUAAAGACUUUCAUCACCUACAACAAGGGCAGAGACUGGCGCUUGCUGCAGGCUCCUGACACUGAUCUGAGAGGGGAUCCCAUGCGCUGUCAGCUGCCCUUUUGUUCCUUGCACCUGCAUUUGCAAAUCUCCGAGAAUCCAUAUACAUCAGGAAGCAUCUCCAGCAAGGAGACGGCUCCGGGGCUUGUGGUGGCCACAGGCAACAUCGGCUCUGAACUCUCAUAUACCGACAUCAGCACGUUCAUAUCUUCUGAUGCCGGAAACUCAUGGAGACAGAUCUUCGAGGAAGAAUACAAUGUGUGGUAUCUUGACUGGGGAGGGGCACUUGUGGCCAUGAAGCACACUUCCAUGCCCAUCCGGCAUUUGUGGGUGAGUUUCGAUGAAGGAACAUCCUGGAGUAAAUAUGCCUUCACGUCAACACCGCUUUUUGUCGACGGGUCCCUGGUGGAGCCAGGGGUUGAGACGCAGCUAAUGACGAUCUUUGGCCACUUCAGUCUCCGCUCCGAAUGGCAGCUGGUCAAAGUGGACUACAAAUCCAUCUUCAGCCGGAGGUGCAACAAGGAGGACUACCAGACCUGGCACUUGCACAAUCAGGGAGAGCCAUGUGUCAUGGGAGAGAGGAAGAUCUAUAAGAAACGCAAGCCGGGGAUCCAGUGUGCCCUGGGCAGAGACUACUCCAGAACCGUCGUCUCAGAGCCCUGUGUCUGUGCCGAAUGGGACUUUGAGUGUGACUAUGGCUAUGAAAGACACAGUAGCAACCAGUGUAUCCCAGCUUUCUGGUUCAACCAGUCCUUCCUGUCAAAGGACUGCAGCCUCGGCCAGACCUACCUGAAUAGCACUGGGUACCGGAGGAUUGUGUCCAACAAUUGCACGGACGGGCUGCGGGAGAAAUACGCCGCCAAAGUGGAACCGUGCCCCGGGAAAGCCCCCCGCGGGCUGCACAUCCUCACCGCCGAUGGCAAGCUGGCAGCCCAGCAGGGGCACAAUAUCACCUUCAUCAUCCUCAUGGAAGAGGGCGAUCUCCAGAGGACGAACAUCCAGCUGGAUUUCGGAGAUGGCAUUGCCAUGUCCUACGCUAAUUUCAGCCCCAUUGAGGAUGGCAUCAGGCACGUUUAUAAGAACGCUGGGAUCUUUCAGGUGACGGCCUACGCAGAAAACAGCCUUGGUUCCGACACUGCAGUACUCUUCCUGCACGUUGUCUGUCCAGUGGAGCAUGUCCAUCUGAACAGCCCCUUCGUUGCCAUCAGGAACAAGGAAGUCAACCUUACUGCUGUAGUAUGGCCAAGUCAAUCGGGUACUGUCAUCUACUUCUGGUGGUUCGGUAAUAGCACGAAGCCCCUCAUCACCCUAGAAAGCAGCGUCUCCUACACCUUCACCACCGAGGGGAUGAACACCAUCACGGUGCAGGUCUCCGCCGGGAGCACCCUCCUCCAGGACACCAAGGACAUCGCAGUGCACGAGUAUUUCCAGUCUCAGCUCUUGUCCUUCUCCCCUAAUCUGGAUUACCACAACCCUGACAUCCCCGAGUGGAGACAAGACAUUAGCAAAGUGAUCAAGAGAGCUCUCGUGCAGGUGACUGGUAUCUCCGAGGAGCAGAUUUUGGUGGCGGUAUUUCCUGGCCUGCCCACCUCGGCUGAACUCUUCAUCCUACCCCAUAGAAACAUGUCAGAGAGGAGGAAAGGCCACGAAGGUGAUCUGGAGCCGGUUGUUGAAAUCCUCUUUAAUGCUCUCAACCAGAACCUGGUCCAGUUUGAGCUGAAGCCUGGUGUGGAAGUCAUCACGUACGUCACUCAGCUGACGUUAGCCCCUCUGGUGGACGCCAGCGCCGGGCACAGCAGUUCAGCCAUGUUGAUGUUGUUGUCGGUGGUCCUUGUGGGUUUGGCUGUUUUUUUAAUCUACAAAUUUAAAAGGAAAAUCCCGUGGGUGAACAUUUACGCUCAAGUCCAGCACGACAAGGAGCAGGAGAUGAUCGGUUCCGUCAGCCAAAGCGAAAGUGCCCCCAAGAUCACCCUGAGCGAGUUCACUGACCCCGAGGAGCUCAUGGACAAAGAACUGGAUACACGGGUGCUGGGAAGCAUCUCGACAAUUGCCAACAGUGAAAGCACAAAGGAAAUCCCCAACUGCACUAGCGUUUAAUUCUGAAAAUCCACCUGGUCUACAGCAUUUCUGGCUUUUUAUUUGUAAUUAUUAUUAUUAUUAUUAUUAUUGUUAUUAUUAUUAUUAAAAAAAGAAAACGAUACAUCAUGAUCAUCCUUUGGGGGGACUGGGGACAGGAGUUCUGUUUACCAGGGCCGCAUUCAUAAACUGCAGGUAGUUGCUCAGCAUUUGGAAAUUUCUCCUUGGUUAAAAAUAAUGAUUGAAGGCCGAGAUAACAGGGCUAAGGGAUUUGAGAGCCUGUGUGUCCGAAUCUCCUAUGUGGGUCUGGAAGUCUCUGCUGAACUGUGGUAGGGAAAUGAUCCUUUUCCCCCUCCAGCCUAAGCCACAAGAGCUGACUUUGCAAAGUGCCCUCAGCUCCCACGGACUUGCAGGUCUUAGCCAGAUCAGGCCCAUUCCAUUGCCUCUCCUUGGCCUUUUCCUUGGUUGGGGAACAAACUGAGUGGUGUCAACCAUUUGUGCUCUGGAGUGGGUAGGCGGGAGCACACGUAGCCUGAGAGAAGCGUGCACACGUUUAUGAAUGCGGCUCUAACCUGUGCAUGUGACCGGCAAGGAUACCGUUGGCAUACUGUAGAUAAUUCCAAUGUAAAUAACUUUUUAUUUCUUGGGAAAUAAUUUAAUGUUUAGUAAAAGAAAAGUUAAAAAAAACCCACACCCCUCCACACACCUCAACGAGCCCACUGAGGACCACAUGUGAGUUCUUGUCCGACACAUGGGUUCUGGAUAUACUCCAGUUGUCUGCCGUGCUUAACUCUUUCAGCUCUGUCGUGUUACAGAGUGACUUUCCUUUUUUGCAUGACAGGAUGGAUUUUUUUUAAGGGGAGAGUGAUUUUAAGAGACAGUAAUGAGGAUUUUGCAACACUCUUCAACAAUUCACAUUUUUUCACCCAGUUCUAGAGCAAUGGCACUAAAUGUAGACUUUUGGUGCAGUGUCUUGAGAUUUUGGAAUAUUUGGGAGAGCGUGAUGGAAGAAAAGCGAGAGGAUCUUUAUCUCAAUGACAGGCAAACCUCAAAGCAGUUGGGUUCUGAAAGCCGGACUUGAUUCUCCAACUCCUGCUCGCAAUGGGCCAGAUGCUAAUACCCCCGUUCACACUGUGGAGUGCCUUUAAGCAGUUUCUGAAGAGUGCUGUGGAGUAAAGGGCACUGAAGUGUCUGAAUAUGGCCUGGUGCCACACAGCAUCUCAAUAGGGACUAUUUGGGAGAGGUGCAAAGCUGCAUCUUCUCCACUCCUCUUGAGUGUGCAAAACUGAGCUGAGGUUCUCUAGAAAGAGGUUUCCUUGCAAGGGUUCUGGGGCAGCUGUUCAGCCUACAAGAACAACAUUUGAUGGUGCUGCCUGGUCAAAUCAUAGAAUCAGGGAGGCAGCAUGAAAAUGAGAUCAGAGGAUGGGAUGCUCUGGAGGCUUUAGACCUCGUCAGGUUCCAGUCCAGAACUUGGGGAGCAUUCCAAGCAGGAGGAAAUGGGAAGAUGCUAAAAAUAGGCCUAGUUCUGCAAAGGUCCAACGGGAUCAGUGAAUGCCAUUAGAAGAUGCUGAGCCUCUGGCAGGAUUAUAGAAAGCUCCAGCUCCAAACAACCCCAAAGUUUGGGGGGGUCUGGCUGUAGCGUUCCAGUUCAUCUGUAACAUACCUGCAGUGAUGCGUAGGAGGCUAAGAUACAAGGUACACUAGAAGCAUAACUAGCGUCAUAUGCCUUGGGCUCUGUUCGGUACAUGAAAGGCAGUUCAAAGAUCUUUAUGGGCAGAAAGGCUGGGAAGAUCCUUUUGCAGUAGAUGGGGGAGGGAACAGCUGCUAUUUAAAGAUUAAAUCAAACCAAGCAAGUAUAGGGAAAUGGCUUUGUGCAAAACAUUAAAGCAAAAAAAAAACAAAAACAAAAAACUCUCAAACCGCCACGGCUCUCCUUCGAAUACACCACUUAAAACACUUCG